AUGUCUGAUUUACAGAGAAUUCUACAAUCGCCACGGAGCAUGAACAGAUCUCACUCCAAAGCCUCUGUGCGGUCGGCUUCGCAGACCCCGUUAGGAUAUGCCUCAGACAAUAGCGAGGAUGUGGAUGAGGAUGACUGGAACUACGGCAAGAUUGACGACCUGAUCAUCUCCAAAAUCGCCUCUUUGAAUGACGAUGAUGGAGAAUCUGCCUCUCGCAAUGGUAGCCAGGUAAAUCUCAGUGAUCCACUCAAAUUUUUAAAGACACACACCAUCGAUGAGAUCAUCACUAGUCUCAGUCUACCGAGAACACAGGUUUCCAGUGCAUCACGUGAGCUUCUUCUGGCCCAGAUGUACCAUCUAAUAAUCAAAUCACCCUUGCCUAUUGAUGGAGUUGCUGUUAACGAGAGAAAUACGGAGUUGCUUGUGGACUUCUGGAAGGACGCCAGAAGCGAGAACGAAAGGCUGUUUGCGUUUCGGUGUGUGGUAGCGUAUGCUUCCAGUGAUAUUGACGAGGUUGCCAGUGUGGUGAUCUCUGACUUCUUACCUUAUGUUCUGAACGAUUUAACCCCCAAGGACAAUGAGGAUGGGGCUGUGAGUGUGACCCUAAGGUCGAACUACAUCAUUGGUUAUUGUGCACUUUCUUUGGUUGCCAUGGACGGAUCUGGAUGUAAUGGCGUUGAGGACAUUGUCACUAUGCUGAUUGAUCUUGCGGAGGGGUAUGAUGCCUCUUCUGAACUGAAUGCAGAGGAUGUAGCCUCUGCUGCGUUGCAAGGUGCCGGUGUGCUGAUAAGUCUGAUAUUCAAAGGAAGAUCCACCACGAGAGGUUUGGAUGAACUCAUCCAGGAUGUCUGUCCUCGUGUGGUUGUGUUUUUGGAGGCAGGUCAUCACAUAAUAACCCAGAAAGCUGCCGGAAAGCUGGUUGCGUUGAUGUACGAAUUGUUUGACUUUCAAGACGACAUUGAAAAGGACGAUAAUGAAGAUUACGGCGACGAGGAGGAAUUGAGUCCCUACUUUGAUGUGAGUGAGGUAUUGAGUUUGGUGAAAGAACUUGCUACCCUCAGUUCGAAAAAGGUGAGCAAGAAGGAAAAGAAAGAGUCUCAUUCGCUUUUCAGAGACGUUCUCAGAACCGUGGAAACGCACGCAAGCAAGACAGAUCGGCUGGCCGAACAGAAUUCGCUCGAAGAACCCAGUGUUCUUUCGCAUCUCAAGAUCAGUAAGAGCAAGAGUCUUUCAAUAACUUCGUGGUACAGUUACCUGAGACUCGUCCAUCUGCGAUGGAUUUUUUCCUCCGGAUUGCACUCGCAAUUGGCCAAUUCCUCGGAAUCCGGCAUUAAAGAUCUGAUUGAUUUCCCCGAGCAGUCCAAAUACCAAUUCUCAAGGAAUAUCGAGGAGGAUUCCGGAAUAGGUGAGAGGGAGUUCACAACGAAGUCGAAGGCUGUAAAUUCCAAGACUAGGACCAAGGAAAUCAACAGUGCGAGAGAGGAUAAGCUAAGAGAGACGCUGGAAACCUUGAAUGUGACCGAUGGUGAUAUCGUAUUGUCACAUUAA